CUCCUCCCCCUUCCCCCACCCGGUGCGCUCUCCCUGCUGAGCUGGUGCUGCCCGGCGCCCAUUGCCGCCGUUCGUUCUCCUCUCCGUCCCGGAGUUGGUGGCUCGGUGACACCAUGGCGCCCAAAGGAAAGGUGGGCACGAAGGGGAAGAAGCAGAUAUUUGAGGAGAAUAAGGAAACCCUGAGAUUCUACUUUCGGAUCAUCCUGGGUGCCACUGCAGUUUACAGCAUCGUGACCCUUGUGAUCUUCUACUCUUCGGCAUCGUUCUGGGCCUGGACAGCCCUCGUGUUCAGCUCGGUUGUGUAUGGGGCCAGCUACCGCUCCAUGAGCUCCAUGGCCAAGGCAGCCUUCUCAGAGGAUGGGGCUCUGGCGGACAGUGGCAUUGACCUCAACAUGGAGCAGGGAAUGGCAGAGCACCUGAAGGACGUGAUCCUGUUGACAGCCAUUGUCCAAGUGCUCAGCUGCUUCUCCCUCUAUGUGUGGUACUUCUGGCUCUUGGCUCCAGGCCGGGCACUCUACCUCCUGUGGGUAAACAUCCUGAGCCCCUGGCUCACAGCCGAGUCAGCCAACUCCAUUGCCGAGCCCAAUGAAAAGCGCCAGCGAAGGCAGGAGCGCCGACAAAUGAAGCGGUUGUAGCCAGAGGUGGUGGAAGGCCAGCCGCAGCUACGGAACUGAGCAGAACUGAGCGAGGCUCAGGGUCAGGGCAGGCCCUGCCUAUCCAGUGCCUGGGUCCUGCUCUGUGACUGCCCAGGAGAAACAGACAGCCCAUGGGACCUGGACAUCUAGAUGAACUGGGUCAGGGUGGGCAGAGGGAGGGGGGUGGCUUGUUAUAAUAAAGAGCCAAAGCUGGGA